AUGAAUUAAUUUCCCAAUUACUUAUAAUGUUAAACUAAAAGAGUAGUCCCAACUUAUUAGUAAUAAUGCUAUAGUAAGUCUCCUUAAGGAAGAAAAUGUGUAGUUGUUAAUUAACAAUUCAGUCCAAAUGAAUAAAAAUAUAUGAAAUAAUUCAAGUGUAUAGAUCAAUAUAAGUACUAAUAACCAAAAGCAAUUAUAUAUCCACAGAAAAGAAUGUCACCACCUAAUAAAUCACCUUUAAUAGCUACAAAAUUAAGGAUUUAAGACAAAGAAAAUAAUAAUCAUUAUUAUAAUGCAAACAUAAUAUUUCAACCAUGCAAAACACCUAGGAAUCCUUAAAAUUAAUAAUUGUUUUCUUAAUAGAAUUCUCCUAAUAUUAAAUAACCUACUCCCUAAUUUGAAAAUCGUUAUGAUUAUGAAGACAGAAAUCAAGAAUUUAGAUUAUCAACUUCUGAAGUCAAUUUUAGAUUUGUGGAUUCAGAAAAGCAUACAUCUGAUGAAUAGGAACUUAAAAAUAUAGCAAAUUAAUUUAAUAAAAUUGAAAUUGGUAAAAAAGAACCAGAAAUGUCUCCAAAAUCAAUAAAAUCAGAUGAAUUCUUAGUAUAGAUGGAUUCUGUAAAAAAAUCUGAUUAAUUGAAUAAAUCUCAUACAAAGAAUAUUGGUAUUUAAGCCUUUGAAAGUAUUUAAUUUGAGAAACCUGAGGAAUAGUUAGGUAGAAUAUUUGGAUCUUUGAAAAAAGUUAAGAUCAUAAAAAAGAAAUAAACUUAACCUACUCUAUAGACAUAAGUAACUCAAAGAACUAUGGAAGAUGAUAGUAUGAUGAUGAAAAUUGAUACAUAAUAGGAUUAAUAAGCAAAAACUAUAAGUGGAUUAUCAAAUAUAGAUUUUUAGAGUGAAAAGUUAUAAACUGAAUUUACUGAUCUUGUAUUAAUAUGUUAAUUAUAAAGGAUUCACAUAGAACUAGAAAUGCAUAAAAUGAUGAAACUGAUUAAUUUACAAAUUUUAGAUAAAACAUUUCAACUCCAAAAUAAUUAACAUAAAAUAAUAAUAUUAGUAAAUUUAUGUAAUUAUUCUAGGUUUUCUGAUGUAUAAAAAAUAAUUUGAGAAAAAGUAAUGA